GGGAUAACGGGGCAGACAAGACACAGACGGUUCGCCGUCACAAAGCUUACAGUCUACGAGGAGACAGUAACAAAAUCAGACGAACAACUUCCUAUUGUGGAAUUCAAACUACAAUGGCGGCCCAACACCCCGGCAACUCCAGGACCAGUGCUGGGCUUGGAAGCCAAGACCCCAGAGAUUCACAACUGAGACUUGUCUUAGUGGGUAAGACUGGGGCAGGAAAAAGUGCAACAGGAAACAGCAUCCUCGGAAAGAAAAUGUUUCCUUCUGGCUUCUCCGCAGUAUCCAUCACCAGGUCCUGUAAGAAAGAAGACACCACCUGGAAGGGGAGGGAAGUUGUCGUUGUGGAUACACCAGGCAUCUUUGACACAGAGGUACAGGAUGCUGACACUUGCAAGGAGAUUGCUCGCUGCUUGGCCCUGACCUCCCCAGGGCCUCAUGCUUUUCUACUCGUCAUCCCACUGGGCCGGUACACGCCGGAAGACCACGAAGCCACGGAAAAGAUCCUGAAAAUGUUUGGAGAGAGAGCUAGGAGACACAUGAUGCUCUUAUUCACCCGGAAAGAUGACUUGGAAGGCAUCGAUUUCCAUGAUUACUUAAAGAACGCUCCAAAAGGCAUUCAAGAGCUGAUGGGCAUGUUCAGAGAUCGCUACUGUAUGUUCAACAACAGGGCGACGGGAGCUGAGCAGGAGAGCCAGAGGGAGCAGCUGCUGGUCCUGGUCCAGCGCGUGGUCGCAGAGUGCAAUGGCCAAUGCUUCACGAAUAAGGCGUAUCAGAAGGCCGAGGAGGAGAUUCAGAAACGAAUCCAAGUGAUACAAGAAAGUUACAGAGCAGAGCUAGAGAGAGAGAAAGCGCAGAUAAGACAGGAGUAUGAAGAGAAAAUCGCAAUGCUGGAGGAUAAACUAGAACAGCAAAAGCAAGUGAUGCAAAUGAGGAGGGAAUUGGCCGCAAGGGAGGCUCUCUGUGCUACAAGGCAGCAAAAUGCCAGAGAUGAAGUUGAGAAUCAGAGCGGGAUAGUUGAAUUCAUCUUAGGCCUGUUGCAGAUUGUUUCCUUUGUUUUCUCUCUGUUUAAUGAUUAAACAUUAAGAUUAAACUUCAUGAAAAUGUGUCUAUACUUCCUGCAUAUUUUCAGCUGGCCCUGCCCCAUAUAAGGCAGAGCAUUCUCAUUUUCCUGUGUCUCAGACUCUCAGGACUAAGGAGAGUAAAGUUCACUGCUGGCAACUGGUAUAUGUUUGAUUGAUUUAAUAGGGGAGGGACAAAUUCUCAAUCUGUGAAACUCCAAAGCACAGCGCAUUGAUGCUUCCUAAUUGUGAAUUCUUUCUCAGAGACACAGAGAGAAGGAAUGCCGGAGACCAAAGAAGAUGACCCCAAGCUUUCUCUGUUUAUCCCUAGUAAAUGUUUCUCCUCUCGAUUCUUUCUAGAUUGGUAGGUAAUCUCCCUCUGUGGCUUCCUCUCACUUAUUUUACCCUCCGGACCACAGUGAUCAUCUUAACCUUAUAGUUUACGAGAAAGAUCAAUUCUUUGCAUUAGUUAAGCUUAUAGAUGGAGAUGUUUAUAGAAUUCUUUGUACAUGAAUGGAAACUUGUUUGCUUACAAUUUUACAGAAGGACUCAAAUU